GCCGCUUCGCUUCCGGCCGAGGGUGGCUCAGGCCGCCGCGCUCCGAGGGUCGACAUCGCGGGUGGAAGAGCAUGGCAUGCUGAUGGUGGUGGUUCUGUGAAGGGGCACGAGUUGAAAGCCCGAUGGCUGGCAAGAGGUCCUCCAGCAGGCGGCCCCUGCUGCUGGGGCUGCUGGUGGCGGUGGCUGCUGUCCACCUUGUCACCUGUCCCUACACCAAAGUGGAGGAGAGCUUCAACCUGCAGGCAGCCCACGACCUGCUCUACCACGGACUGGAUGUGGACAAGUAUGACCACCACGAGUUCCCUGGCGUCGUCCCCAGGACGUUCCUUGGGCCGGUGCUGCUUGCGGCCUUCUCCAGCCCCGCAGUUUACGUGCUUUCACUGUUAGAAAUGUCCAAGUUUUAUUCUCAGCUAAUAGCCUCUCGCCCACGGCUGGUGAGGCCCGUCCUCACGGAGGCGGUGGGGUCUUCCAGGCGCGCGCUCAUCUCCACAGACCCAGGCCCCUGGGAUGGCCCCUGCCACCGAGUGAGGAAGAGGCUCCCGUUCAGCUUCCAGCACCUGGAAGCCCAUGUCCCCUCACGUGCUGGCCUCAUGGCUGCAGUCAGAGGAGUCCUUGGACUUGGCGUGAUUUCUGGACUCUGGACGUUACAGACAGAAGUGAGACGGCAGUUCGGGGCCUCAGUGGCCGCCAUGUUCUGCUGGAUGACGGCCACGCAGUUCCACCUGAUGUUCUACUGCACCCGGACACUGCCCAACGUGCUGGCCCUGCCUGUGGUCCUGCUGGCUGUCACGGCCUGGCUGCAGCACCGGUGGGCUGGCUUCGUCUGGCUUUCAGCAUUCGCCAUCAUCGUCUUCAGGGCCGAGCUGUGCCUGUUCCUGGGCCUCCUGCUGCUGCCACCUCUCUCCAGCAGGAAGCUGCCUGUGCUCAGACUCCUGCGGCACGCCGUCCCGGCUGGGACCCUCUGUCUGGGACUGACGGUUGCUGUGGACUCCUAUUUUUGGCGAUACCUUGUGUGGCCGGAAGGAAAGGUGCUUUGGUACAACACCGUCCUGAACAAAAGUUCCAACUGGGGAACCUCCCCGCUCCUGUGGUAUUUCUACUCGGCCCUGCCCCGCGGCCUGGGGUGCAGCCUCCUCUUUGUCCCCCUGGGCGUGGUGGACAGAAGGGCCCGCGCGCUGAUCCUGCCACCCCUGGGUUUCAUAGCCCUGUACUCCCUCCUGCCGCACAAGGAGCUGCGGUUUGUCAUCUACACCUUCCCGGUGCUCAACGUUGCGGCCGCCAGAGGCUGCACCCAUGUACUGAAUAAUUAUAAAAAGUCUUGGCUGUAUAAAGUGGGGUCCGUGCUUGUGAUAGGACAGCUUGUGGCAAAUGCUGUAUACACAGCCACGUCCCUCUAUGUGUCCCAUUUCAACUACCCUGGCGGCAUCGCAAUGCAGAGGCUGCACGAGCUGGUGCCUCCCCGGACAGAUGUCCUCCUGCACAUCGACGUGGCCGCCGCCCAGACAGGUGUGUCUCGGUUCUUACAAGUCAACAGCGCCUGGAGGUACGACAAGAGGGAAGACAUGCAGCCCGGGGCAGCGGGCAUGCUGGCCUACACACACCUGCUCAUGGAGGCGGCCCCCGGACACCUGGUCCUCUACAGGGACACCCACCGGGUCCUGGCCAGCAUUGCGGGCACCACAGGUGUAAGUCUGAACCUGACCAAACUGCCUCCCUUUGACAUCAACCUGCAGACAAGGUUGGUGCUACUGGAGAGACUUCCCAGGCCGUCCUGAGAGCCAGGAUGAGCCAGUCCAGCUGUUUAGCAGCCAUAGUCCCUCCAAGAACAUCAAGCUUGUCAGUUUGGACACAAUUAAGACAAUACAUAGAAACAAAUGAAAGAACCAUGAACAUGUCCCUGACGUACGCCCAACGCAGCGGGGCCAGGCCUCCAUCCACAGCCACACCUGGAGCAUGUGCUCUAGAGAAUGAGGGGCCUGGAUCUUGCUGGUGCCCUGGGAGCCACUGCCAGGGGUGAUGGUGGCCUGCUCAGAACUUCUGCAUGUUGUCAGGUGGGCAGCAAGGUCAUUUACUGUCUAGAUGGGCACCAUUUUUAACUAAGAGGGGACCGGGCCAUGAGGUGUUCCUCGCCACGUCCUGCCUGUGUGUGUGGAACUGCCCUUUGGCGGCACGCAGUGCUUGCUGCCGUGUGCCUCUUGGUGCACCUAGGGCAGCGCACCCUCCCGAGGAGACUAGUGUAGAUCCUGGACUUCAGCACCUGUGGACCGCAUCUGUCUGCGCCCCCAGCACUGCGGCUUCUGUACUCACAGGCACAUCAUCUCCAUUUCAGAUUAAACUUAAGAGAUAAACAUGCUCA